AUGCUUCAAGCGAUUUCUUCUAAGUGGCUGGCUUUCAAAAGCAGACUAAAUCCAUACCCUCCGAUAUUAGAUCCACAGGAAUUUAUGACAGGACAGUGGUAUGUUGAUGUUGACCAUUAUUAUCAAAAUGGAAACAAUGUUGAAAAGAGAAAAACACUUUACAUGAAACCAUAUAGAAAGAAUGUCGGGAACGAAGUGUUUUUCAGCAUAUACAAUGUAACAGAUUCUAAUUCAAACGUUUUAUUCAGAAAAUUUAUUGCACGAUUUUUAGAUGAAAACAAAACAAUGGUAUCAUUUUCUUCUGUUUCAGAUAGCAUUGAAGAAAAUCUUGUUAAUUUUACAUUUACUAAAGAUUUUGACUCUUCCAGAAAAACUCGUGGUCCAAUACCGAAUACUGAUUGCAAUUUCUCAUUAAUUUUAGCACCUAAUGGCGUAAUGCAGUUAGUAAUUUUGAAUAAUACUUCACAAGAAUUAUAUAAUAUCGGAUUUACUCGGAAACUAACAGAAUCUGCCUCAAUACCUUUGAAGUGGUACCAUGUAGUAUCUAUUAUUGGCAUGUUUGUAGUUAUUGGCUACAUGAUCAGUCAACCAGACGCUCCAGAAGCUUGUCCUGCCUGCAAACAACAAAAACAAGAUGACGAUAAAGCUCAAGAUGCACCAGUGAAAAAGAAGUCUGAUCUCGAAAAGAAGAACGAUUAA